UUUGAGAGAAAGAGAGGAGAGAGAGAGAGAGAUCGGAGGCUGUUGCUUUCUCUCCUCCCUUCUCUCUCCUUGAAGAAAAAUUAGGGUUUCGGUGCUGUUUCGUUGCUUUCGUUUCAGGAACCGAAAAUGAAUGUCAUGCGUCGCCUCAAGAGCAUCGCUUCAGGCCGCUCCUCGAUUUCCGAUCCUGGUGGUGAUUCUAGUAUAAAGAGAGUGAAGGUCGACCAAAGAGUAGACAAGAAGGGUACAGAUGAAUCACAAUCCUUGGAGAGUUCUGUCACUGGCACAGAGCGAAACAUGGCUUCCACGUCCGAGGAAACUGCUGCAAGCUCAUCGCAGGCAUCUUCUAUUGUUCGAACUGAAAAGGCUGGUUAUGAUGAACUUCCGAGAGAGAUGCAUGAAAUGAAGAUCAGAGAUGAUAAAGCUGAUAACCACGACGAUAAAGAUAUGGAACUGGCUUUUAUUGAUGGAAAUGGAACAGAAACAGGUCAGAUAAUUUUAACUACCCUAGGUGGUCGUAAUGGAGAGCCAAAACAGACGAUCUCUUACAUGGCAGAGCGUGUGGUUGGCACUGGUUCGUUUGGUGUUGUCUUUCAGGCCAAGUGCCUGGAAACUGGUGAAAUUGUUGCAAUAAAGAAGGUGUUGCAAGAUAAGAGAUACAAGAAUAGAGAACUCCAGAUUAUGCGCUUACUAGGCCAUCCUAAUGUUGUUCAACUAAAGCAUUGUUUCUUUUCAACUACUGAAAAAGAUGAGGUGUAUCUUAAUCUUGUUCUAGAGUAUGUAUCUGAGACUGUCUACCGAGUCUCAAGACAUUAUAACAGAAUGAACCAACAUGUCCCUGUCAUUCAUGUACAACUCUACACAUACCAGAUUUGUCGUGCCCUUAAUUACAUACACAAUGUUAUUUGUGUAUGCCAUCGUGAUAUUAAACCCCAAAAUCUAUUGGUUAAUCCCCACACUCAUCAGCUAAAGUUGUGUGAUUUUGGGAGUGCAAAGAUGUUGGUGCCAGGUGAGCCCAACAUAUCAUAUAUCUGCUCUCGGUAUUACAGGGCCCCAGAACUGAUAUUUGGGGCUACAGAAUACACUACUGCAAUUGAUAUCUGGUCUGCUGGUUGUGUUUUGGCUGAGCUUCUUUUAGGUCAGCCCUUAUUUCCGGGAGAAAGUGGGGUUGAUCAGCUGGUGGAAAUCAUCAAGAUAUUGGGGACACCAACUAGAGAGGAAAUUAGGUGCAUGAAUCCAAAUUACUCUGAAUUCAAGUUUCCUCAGAUCAAAGCUCACCCAUGGCACAAGGUAUUUCACAAGCGAAUGCCAUCUGAAGCAGUGGAUCUUGUAUCUAGGAUGCUCCAGUAUUCACCUAAUCUACGUUGCAGCGCUUUGGAGGCAUGUGCGCACGCUUUCUUUGAUCCUUUGAGGGAGCCAACUGCAUGCUUGCCAAAUGGCCGGCCGCUGCCUCCUCUAUUCGAUUUCACAUCUCAAGAGUUGGCUGGUGCAUCCCCCGAAUUGCGGCAACGGCUUAUUCCCGAUCAUGCUAAGAAGUAAUUGUGUAAAGUGGCUGCGGUUGCAUCUGUUGUAGGAACACUGGUUCUUGAAUGCUCAGCUUUGCCUUAGCCAAGAGCUCUAGACACCGAUUCUUUUUGUCCGUCCACAGUAUAGCUCCAACAAAAAUGACCACCUUCAUCUGACUCCCAGAGGCUUCGGGAUUUUGUGGGACUGCAGAAUCAUGAAGAAGUGCAUGGAGGAAGGAGCGAUUGUGAGUCGCCUACGUAUUUAUUAUAGGGGUUUACAGCAUAUGUUGAUUGAUGGCUCUAUUUUAUGGUAGAUAGAUAGAUAGAUAGAUAUAUCAUAGAUGAGAUGAGAAGUUGCAGCAAAUGAUUUUUUGUUGUGUUUUACCAUAUUUGUGUGCUGAGAAUGCAUGCAGUGGGUGUGGGUGUGGGUGUGAGUGUGAGUGCGGGUGCGGGUGCUAACAAGAGUAUUCUCGAUUCUAGUGACCUCCUGUUACUGUUGUUAGUGAAUAGGAAGGAAGGAAGGAGGCUGAUGUCUUUCUUCGGUUCAGUGAGUAUGCUUACUACUCUCCCACUCGAGCGAGCCGUUGGUUUCCUCUCUUGGUAAAAUUGAGUUCCUUGAUGUCCAUUCACCCAGUGCUUCUUUCUUCCCAUGUCGAAAUUUUGAAUAUGAAAUAUCAAUCGUAACCUUUUUCAUGUAUGGAUUGGCCUAUUGCACAUGUUACAAUAAAAGACCUGUGAUAUUGUAUCA